GUUCUAACCUACUGUGCUUGAAUGUCAUGUUUUUGCGGUUUGGGAGGUGCGGCUUCAAGUCAAGCUUUACAAAAGUUUCACCAUCUGUCCGAUCUCGGGAUCUGGUCGGUAAACUUACUCGGGACAUAGUGCUUGUCGAAAUAUGUCCGCAAUCGGUUAUGGUAUGGUGACCCCUUUCUUGCUGCGCUGAGUCCUCCUUGCCUGUUGGGGUUCUCUUGGCAAGGCCGCACGCUAAACUAGCUGUGCUCUGGUACUUCGCCUCGGGACCUGCUCGCAGGUGUCCCCCUGCCCUGUGCUUCUCCAUGGACCUCAGGCUUCCCCAGCUCCUGCUCUGCCCCCUGCUGGUCCUCCUGGCCUCCGUGGUCGGCCUGUCCUUGGCAGAGCUGGUCUACAGCAACUCCUGGGCUGUCCACGUCUCCGGCGGUGCGGAGGCAGCCGAGCAGAUCGCUCGGAAGCAUGGAUUCGUCAACCUCGGCAACGUGUUUGGUGACUACUUCCACUUUAAGCACCGUGGUGUGACGAAGAGGUCUCUCUCAAUGCAUCAUGGGACGCACGUCAAGCUGCAGAAGGAUCCCCAGGUGGUGUGGGUUGAGCAGCAGGUGAUUAAGAGGAAGAAGAGGGAUAUUUACACUGAUCUGUCAGACCCCAAGUUCUCCCAGCAGUGGUAUCUGUAUAAUGCAGGUCAUCAAGACCUGAAUGCCAGGGGGGCCUGGGAACAGGGCUACACAGGAAAAGGCGUCGUCGUCUCCAUCCUGGAUGAUGGGAUUGAGAAGAACCCGGAUCUGGUGGAUAACUAUGACCCCGAAGCCAGCUAUGAUGUCAAUGACGGGGACCCUGAUCCACAGCCCAGAUACACACAGCUUAACGACAACAGACAUGGGACCCGCUGUGCUGGGGAGGUGGCGGCUGUGGCCAAUAAUGGUAUCUGUGGAGUGGGUGUCGCCUACGAUGCCAAGAUUGGAGGUGUACGCAUGCUGGAUGGGGAAGUGACCGAUGUCGUUGAGGCCCAGUCUCUCAGCCUCAAUCCCCAGCAUAUCCACAUUUACAGUGCCAGUUGGGGCCCCGAGGAUGAUGGGAAGACGGUGGAUGGCCCCGCCAAGCUGGCCAAAGAAGCCUUUCUGCGCGGCGUCACUGAGGGUCGGGGUGGCCUGGGCUCCAUCUUCGUCUGGGCGUCGGGCAAUGGCGGCCGCGAGAGGGACAGCUGCAACUGCGACGGCUACACCAACAGCAUCUACACGCUGUCCAUCAGCAGCACCACCCAGAGCGGCAACGUACCGUGGUACAGCGAGGCCUGCUCCUCCACCCUGGCCACCACCUACAGCAGUGGCAACAUCAACGAGAAGCAGAUCGUCACCACGGACCUGAGGCAGAAGUGCACAGACUCGCACACAGGGACGUCAGCUUCCGCCCCCCUGGCCGCCGGCAUCAUCGCAUUGGCUCUGGAAGCCAACAAGAACCUCACCUGGAGGGACAUGCAGCACCUGGUGGUUCGGACGUCCCGACCCGCCUACCUCACCACCAGCGACUGGAAGACCAAUGGCGUGGGCCGCAGAGUGAGCCACUCCUACGGUUACGGGCUCCUGGAUGCCAGUGCCAUCGUGGCCCUGGCUCAUAACUGGACCAGUGUGGGCCCCCAGCAGAAGUGCCUGCUCUCCAUGGUGUCCGAGCCCCAGAAUAUUGGCAGCCACCUCGUGAUCACGAAGAACGUGGACGCGUGCUUUGGGAUGCCCAACUAUGUGAGGUCCCUGGAGCAUGCCCAGGCACAGCUCACCUUGUCCUACAACCGGCGGGGGGACCUGGCCAUCUACCUGGUCAGCCCCCAAGGGACUCGCUCCACUCUGCUGGCCCCCAGGCCUCAUGAUUACUCCUCAGAGGGUUUUAACGAAUGGGCCUUCAUGACCACACACUCGUGGGACGAGGACCCUCGAGGGGAGUGGACGCUCGAGAUCGAAAAUGUUGCUGGGAGCAAUGACUAUGGAACACUAACACAGUUCACGCUCGUCCUGUAUGGCACUGGCCCGGACUCCACUGACCUCCCUGGACUGGACAUCAGCCAGCACAUGAAUAACAGCUGCAAGACCUUUGACGCUGAUCAGACGUGUAUUGAGUGUCGUCCAGACUACGUCCUCUUCCAGGGGGCCUGCGUGACGGCCUGCCCUCCCGGCUUCACCGCUGCUGCCCAGGACAUUUUUCUGAGCAAUACCGUGGAGCUGCACUCUAUCCAGGCCUGCCUACCCUGCCACGUGUCCUGCCUGACCUGCAGCGGCCCCCACCCCACUGACUGUCUCUCCUGCCCGCCGCACAGCCACAUGUACCCCAGCUUUGGCAGUUGCCUGCACCAGAACCAGAUAGAGCGCGAGUCUCCGAGAGUCCUGGUGAGCCUCUCCAACGGCAGGGGCCUUCCUGAGCCGGGGCUGUCCUCCCGCCUGCCUGCGGUGGCAGCCGUGCUUGGCUGCGCCUUUAUCGUCGCCGCAUUCAUGGGCAUCUUCGCUGUGCUGCAGCUCCGCUCCGGCGGUCCGGGGAAACUCCACCACAUGCUGGAGAACGGGGCCGGUGUCCGGGUGGGUUUCGGCCUGGGAAGGGGCCGGAUGGUCUCUUACAAGGGAAUCCCAUCCAUGUGGAGGGAGGAGGAGGGUCUCUCCGAGUCUGAGAACGAUGAGUUUGACAGUCACAGCGAGAGGACUGCCUUUAUCAAAACCCAAAGUGCUCUUUAACCCCCUCCUGCAAUGUCUCUGCCACCUGUGUCCCCACCACUGCCCCACCCAUUUUCCUCCUGUCUCUGUCAUCUGCUGGGGGGGGUGCUCAUUCACCCCCCCCUCCCCAUGGUGUAAUGGAAAAGGCUCCCCUUUUUCCUUCCGUCCUCCUGCUCACCCCCCAUUUGAGCUCUGGCUGAACUGUGACGCAUCCUGCUUACCUCAGUGGUCCAUUUUGAGUGCCGCCAGACCAUCAUACUCUGAGCUGACCUGUGCUCCGCACCCAUGCUAAUGGUUGGACAGGAAUUCCACGUCUCAGGCUCUCGUUCCUUAUUCCCUUUGGUUUUUGUUCUCGUGGAACAGAAGUCCAGUGAUAUGGAGACUCUCCAACUCAUGGCCAACCAUUAUUUUUUUGCAUCAGGUUUAGGACAGAUGCCUUGUAAUUCUCAGAGGGCAGAGCUUGCGAUGCAUCCUAUUCAGUCUAGCCGAUAAACCCUUAAUCCAUCCCUUGUAGGUUAAGCAAACCUCUGAUCCACCAAACCUCCAUCAGACCUCUAGGAACCUUCUUGAACUCACCUGUCAGGCUGUUGGCACCAGUGCCUUGCUGCCCAGGAUGGCUUCGUAAGAUCCCACCGCGGUACCUUUGCAUUUUCUCCCCUCUUCAGAUGCUGGUUAAGGAAUGCCUUGAACCAAAUUGAUUCUUCCUUUCAAGGGACCCUCAGCCGGUGGCUGAGCGGCCCAGGGGGGUCAGCUAGCGGUUACAUGGAGCAGAGGGUUACCAGGCUUCUGCCAGAAUUCCCAAAGCAGCAUCUGGGGUGGCAGAUGCAGGCAGGUUUGGUUUCCUAUUGCCCGGGGGGUGAGUAGUGUGGCUACUUUGGGAGUGCAGGGUUACUGCAAUUCACUUGCGUCCAUUUCCUGUAUCUGAAGUGUUCACUAGAGUUUGUGGUGGAGUUUUUUUCUUGCGACAAUGUCCAGAACGCUACAGCAAGCUGUUUAUUUGAAUAUCCAUAGAUGGGCACUGUGGUUUCUUUCUGAGAUACAUGUCACUGUUUUGCUUCCUGUUUCAAUCGUCUGCCUACAAAUCAUCUUCGGUCCAUGUUUCUCAGAAGCCGAAUUGGUCGUUUCCCCUCCACCACCAUCCCUAGUAGAUGAACACUGUCAGCUCUAAUCUGACAGCGAUGCAUCUCCAAGAUGCCGAGAGACCUUUUGUGUGCAAUACUUCGUUUUAUUAUUUUUUUCUUAAGGACCUACGGAGCUGCUGCAGUGGAUGAGCCCUUAAUGUUAAGCCUUUGGGGAAAACAGAUGUGAACGAUGAAUGAAAACCUGUUCUUGUCUGAAGAGUUUUUUUUUUUUCUUUCUUUUUCUAGAAAGUCUAUUCUGCCGGGUUGUUGAUGGCUUCGCUCAUCUUCCUGCUGUCUUUAAUGCUUCAUGUAGAAUUGUCUAUGCAUCACGUCAUCUUCACCAUGAGCUGAUGUUUAUGAUUAUUAUUUAAAUUAGUUGAUUUGUAUGUUUUUGGGGCUGGGCUGCCCCUCUGUCAGUCUUGUGCAAUCAAAAGCAGACCUAAAUAUAGCCGUAAACAUCACCUGAAUGUGCUAUUCACCAGGAAUGUUUAACCGGUAAACGUUUCCCACCAUGAAGUUCAGCUCCAGUUCAUACGAGAAGUUGUACAAUUCAAGUAAUAUUUGCCUUCACUAAGAUUUGUCUUUGUGUGGGUAAGACAUGUAUUAUUGCCAAAGCUGGUUAGGAACUUUGUCUAAACAGAACUGGACCAUUGCACCAGAUUGCUGAACUGCAUAAUUUUGUAGGAUUACGUGCUGUUUAAGUAGUUAAUUUAAAGCAACAGUUAGGUAAUAAACUUUAAACUUUUAGUUCGACACACUGCAGCUGCGAGUGAGGAGGCGCCCUCUACAGGCUGCCUCCGGUGCAGCAGCGGAACUUCACAGUGAUGGCUAGUAGCAUACAGUAUGGCACGGGGGGGGGGGGAAUUAGCGAAGACAUUAAUUUGGCAGAAUCGAGCCCCAUGUUAUAGUUUAUGAACAGACUUGAUAGUUUAGGGACGCUGGUUCAUUCCGAUACCAGUGACCCUUGGUGUACAUGUUGAUCAGACUGUAUGAUUCUGACCUCCGACUCCUUGAUGUCUCCUCAUUCCCCAGUUCAGGGCCACGUUGGAACGCUCCGCGAGGCACCAUCCCUGUUUAUCAGUGCACCGGGUGUGUUUUCAGCGAGGUCUGUGCUGCAGACUUUGCAUUUGAAUAGCUGAAAAUCUCGGGAUGACAGAGGCGGUUGCGUCAGGGGCUCUGUGGCGCUCUGGAUGUACACCCAGUGUAAUUCGGCUGACCUCGGUCUUAAAUGGCAUAGUCGAUACCCUUUUGGGAAUCUGUAGCUCUGCAGUAAGAAGCUGUAGUCGAUACAAUUUAUGGGUGAAUGCCUGAGAUGAAGAAAAUCCAAAAUGCCUAUUUUUGUACACUUUCUUCCUUUUUCUGUUGUUCCCUAUCUUUAUAUCUAAUUGUACACACAUAGAUGUGUGUAGUGCAUUCAGUCUUGUAAUUUAAAAAUUAUUUUGCUUGUCUUUAAUUUCCCCAUUUUAUUUAAUUGAUGUCAAUAUGCAGAUUAAAUAGAUUAUACACAAAAAAAUAAAUAAAAUCUAUGCAAACCUA